CUUAUGUGAACUAGAUCUAGAUCUGGCACACUGGAGAGCUCAGUCCUUGAGUCAUUAAGAAGCAGAACGGGAAAGAAAAACAGCUGGAAAUGUCACUGAGGGCUCAGACAGGGCUGCAAGUGCGGUCCUUGUCCAGUCCCAGACCAGGAGGUCUAGAAGAAUCGGACAACUGAAAGGAAAUACCAGGGUGAGGCAACUAAAAAGAGAAGAGGCAGCCCAGCAGAUCUUAUUCAUGAAAAAUUCCCCAAACCCUUCUUUCUAGUCAGUGGGAGUUUCACACCAAGAAAGGUCACAAGAUGAGCUGUAAAAGCUGCCUGGUCCAGAUCCAGGCACUGUGAAUAAAGGCAAUUUCUGCGGUCAGCAUGAUGAGAAAACUACUGGACUGAGAAACAGAAGGAGCAAGACUCAAGCAUGGAGAGGAAGAGGUCUACUUCUGGACCAGGGGACUGCUAUGAAGAGAGGAACUCACCCACAGCUGGAUGCUUCAGGAAAUGUGUAUCUUCUGUGACAGCUGUCUAUGAUCUCUGCACAUCUGCUUCCACACCAGAGCUGGAAGGACCGAUCCCAGUGCAAAAAACCAGCUUUUUUUGAGUUCAGCUCCUUCCAGGGCUUUGGCUCUGGUUACUCUGGGAAGCAGAAAUUCUGCUAGAAGCUCAGCACUGAGAUGCUCAGGGCAAGUCAGCUGGAUUGUUGACAUCUGCUCAGAUAAGGUUCCAGCUCUGUGACAGCCUGGCCUUUCAGUCAUGCUCUCUACUGUUUGUACUCAGGAAAAGCCAACUCAUUCCUUUUCUUCUGAAGCCAUGGCUGAAUGCAGCGCUGACAUCACUGACAUCUCUCCACUAACAAGAACUCUUGCCUCUUGAGGAAGACCCCUUUCCUUCUUCCUGCUGUUUUUUGAAAUGUUCUUGUCAUUGAUGCCAUCCCAUUCCUUAUUUCUGCUGAGAGGAUACUAGUGAAAUUAUUGCUAAGUAGCUGUGGUUGAAAACUCAUGAGGUUUUCCAGGCUUAUCUCUGGAAGAUUUGCUGGUUGCGUAUGAGACGCUUGUUAUGGAAGAAAUGAGCAUGGGUGGUUGUUUGCACUGCAGAGAGGGUGAGGAAGCUUCCCUGUGACAAACCCACGACUCACCAUGGAGUGCCAGAAGGCUUACAGGUCUCCUAUGGGGUGAUGCUGUUGCCCUUUGAGUUAAGGGAAUAUUUUUCUGAUUUUGUCCAAUUUUUUCCACAAGGUAAGGAAAUAAGUUGUAUUUACUGUGAGAGAGACACCGGCAGCAGGAUUCUGUGCUUACUCCUCCUGAUGGAAAUCAAAAGUAACGUAACUGGAGUCAGUGGAGUAUGAAAUAGUACAAACCCAAAGAGUACCUGCUCCUCAUGCCUGUUGCUCCUACAGUUGAUAAGGAUAGUGAGGUGCUGGUCUCAAAUGUGCUCAGAGGCUCUUUUCCUUAACUAGAAUUGGCAUUAAAAGAAAACAGUGGAUGUUUUCUCCUCCAGUGCAACCUGUUUCCCAAAGAGCUCUGCUAUUAGCAUUUGCCUGUUACAUUCAUAAUUGUUAUUACUUUGGCUUUUCCUUGCUUGUUUUUUUUCCUCCCCUGACAGAACAAACUUUUAGUCAAAGCCCAGGUCUAUAGGAUUUAUCUUCUGCACCAAUGAUACCAUAUUCCCCAAUGCCUGGAAAGCAGCACAUCGUGUUUUAACUUAAAAUUUGCAGUACUGUGUAAUUGCUGCUUCACAUUAUCUGACCUCACAAACCCCUUGAUUUUAACUACAGCUGCCUGACAACAGCAGCUACACUGUACAGCAUAGCAAAAACACUGAAUUACCUGAGCCAGCCUUGCCAUUCUAAUGGUGUUGGGAACCAACGGAUUCAUGUUUGAGCAUUUUGCAAGGGAAAUAUACAUUGACAAUUUUUAAUGGACUGUCACUCACUAAAUGUACCAUCUCUUGUUUUCCUGCUAAUUUCUUUUCACAUAUGCUCACGAGCAUUAGCUUCUGAAUUCUUUUCCUCAGCUUCCAUUUGCAGCUAUUGCCGUGUCUUUCCUAAGAGGUGGCACCCAAAACUGAACACAGUCCUCCAAAUUCAAAUGCUCCAUUGUUCAGUAUUCUGUCAUUAUAUUAUCUUCUGCAUUAUUUUUAUAUCCUCUUAUUAAUGCACCCACACACCCCAUUUGCAUUUUUUAACCUUUUUAAAAACUUUUUCAUUACAACAAUCAGAUAUAAGGGCAAUGAAGUAAGUGUGGAACAAUAGAAGGGAAGAUCUUGAUCCUCCUCAGACCUGAACCUGUUUUAAACUUCAGUGGUGACACUGAUUUUGAUUUACACUGAAAGGAAAGAGGGAGGAUCAGGCUGUGCCUGUCUACAGUGAGACAUCCAUUUUUGAUCGUUAAUAAGGAACAGUUUUGUAAAACAGUUGCAGAACACAACAUGUUGUUUGGGAAAAGCACUUUUUCUUUUAUCAGAAAGGUCUGUGCUGUGGGCUGGAGGCUGAAGGGCACUGCUGGAGCCUGGAUGCUGGCAGUGGUGUUGAUGACUGCAGGGAAGCAGUGCAGGGUGCCCGUGAUGAUUGUGGGGCUGUCCUGCACAGGCACUGGGAUUCACUCAGUUUAACCUCACAGCAGGACUAAGCAGCACAUCCUUCAUUCUAGGAGUAGUUUUAGCUACUCUAGACCGUUAGCUUCUGCACAGCCACAUCUGAUACUGAUACUGCUCCUGGGGAGUGGGUCAAAGGCAGGGCAUCCCAGCCAGCUGCAGGGGAAUGUGUGGAAUCUACUUAGAGAGGAAGAGACGAUAAGGGGAGGUGGGAGGUGGCCAGAGGCAGAGCCACUUUGCCAUGUGCAUUCUGCCAUCAUAGCCCAUGGAACCAUUGCCACCACACCAAGCCACACUUGGGACUCCCACUGAGAAGAGAUGGACAACAAGUUUUAAGCUGCAGCUGGAAAAAGUGAUUUCUAUUAAACAAGUGAGUAUUUAUGAGUUGUCUGGCUGCAGAAGCCAAGGGUGUGACUCAGAAAAAUCACCUGAAUAACACUGCUGCUAGCCAGGGAGAAGAAAAAAGGUGAAGAAAUCCAUAAAGCAAUCAUUCAUGUCUGGCUUUCUGGCAGACUGCACCUUAGCAGCCUCUUCAGUGUCUCUCUUCCUCCAUUAAUUGCUUCUGCUUUACUUGACUCUGGAUUUUCUCCAGGAGCCACUGUUGAAAGUAUCUGGUGGAUAUCAAUGACAUUGUCUCUGGAGGGACUUCUCCUCACACUGCCUGUUGUUUGAUUCCAUGUAAAGCAGUGAGAUACAAAUGUUCUCAGUCUUCUCUUGUAUGCCCCAAUUAAGGCAGUACUUUACUUGCCAAGUUAGGCAAGAUUCAUAAACACGGGGUGUGGUUUUAUGAUGCAGCUAAUUAGAUCCAAUGGCUAAGUGCCAGUCUGGGUGGUGAGUGUGCUCCUCCUGUCAGCAGCUUUAUGCUCCUGUUCCAACUGCAGAUUCUGCUGCUUGAUGGACUCUUUCUGACGCAGUCCAGGACAAUGACCUAGCAGAAACUGUUCACUUUUUUUUUUUUCUAGAUUAGUUUUCUGCCAGUCUGACAUCCUCUGAUGGCUUGCCCAGGUAAGAUGGGCAUUCCUGCUGGAACAGGAAAGGAUACAGGGUUGCUCAAGAGAAACAGAGUAAUACAGAAGCAUUACCUUAAUUUUGUUGGUCACUUGAUUGGUUGUAAAUCCACACCUUUGCAAUUCCCUAUAUGGCUUGCACAGGUCAAUCACAACUGCCAUCAAAUGAGGAGACUUUUCUUCCUCUUUUUUCACGACUAGCAAGAUCUGUUCACAGGAUUGUUAUUCUCAUUCUUUCAGUUCACUGCAAAGACAAGGAGUGUUAAUGGCAGCAAUGGAAACUCAGUAGAGAGGAGGGGAAAAAAAGGGAUGCAGAAAGAAAUGGGAUACUGCUGUCAUCUCUGAUGAUGGGCACUUGCAACAGCUCCAGAUGCUGCCUCUCAGCCAGCCAGGGCACAGCUGGGAGAAGGGGUACUGCUGUCCCCUUCUUCCUCAGGUGUGACCUUAGGCUCGUACUCUCCUCCCUGUUCCCCUGCUUGGCUCCCUGUAGUAGCUCCUUCCUUGCAGCUGCUGGGAUAAUUUGGCCUUGGAAAACUCCCACAGAGGCUCUGGGAGCUGCGCGUGAAUUCAUCAGCAUGUCAUUCCCGCAUCCCUACAUCCUGUGUUAACCCAUUUCUUAUCCAGAAAGAACAUGUUGAUGGAUUGGAGGUGUGUGGAGCCAGAAUGUCAGAUUAUCACAGCAUCAUUACCUGUUGGCUGUAACAAUUUUGUGGGUUCUUUUGGCAAACUUUCCUACAGCUCAGUACUCUGAGAGAAAGCACUGGGAGUCCACAUGCUGCAACCUAGAGGAACUUUGCCCUCCUCAGCACCAGGGGAGUAGAGGACCAAGAAAUAAGACAGCAUGCUGAACUGUAUAGAGCCAACAGUUGUGCCACAGUGUGCCAACCCAUGCAGCACAAUGGCUGCAUUCCCUGUCUUGGAGCAAGAAACGUUAUUCUGGAACAGUUCCUGGAGCUAUCGAAUUCCAGCCCUGCUCUACCUGCCGCGGUUCAGCAUGAUCCUGGCCUUUGCUGAGGAACGAGAGGACCUGGUGGAUGAACAUGCCAAGCUGAUAGCCAUGCGCAGAGGCAUGUAUGACCCAGCCACGCAGCACGUUCAGUGGAAUAGGAUGGAGACCCUUGUCAGUGCACAGCUGGAAGGCCACCGAUCUAUGAACCCCUGCCCGGUAUACGAUGAGGUCUCGGGGAAACUCAUCUUGUUCUUCAUAGCUGUCCCAGGAAAGAUCUCUGAGCAGCAUCAGCUGAGGACAAAGAUCAACCUGGUGCGUCUCUGCUAUGUCACUAGCAUGGACCAAGGACGCACCUGGAGCACUGCCCAGGAUGUCACCGACAGAACCAUCAGGAAUGAGUACAAAAACUGGGCCACGUUUGCGGUGGGGCCGGGUCAUGGAUUACAAUUGCGCAAUGAGGCCCGGAGCCUCGUGAUUCCUGCUUAUGCCUAUCGUAUCUUGGACCCCAAGCAACACCCCACCCCUCAUGCCUUCUGCUUCAUCAGCUCUGACCACGGGACAACGUGGGAGAUGGGGAACUUUGUGGGGGAGGAGAGCGCGGUGGAGUGCCAGGUAGCAGAGCUGCACACCUGUGGCAGAAAGGUCCUUUACUGCAAUGCAAGGAGCAGCAGAGGAGCCAGGAUCCAGGCUGUCAGCUACAACCACGGGCUGGACUUCGAGGGAGGCCAGCGGGUUGAAAUGCUAAUAGAACCUCCCUCUGGGUGCCAUGGAAGUGUUACUGCCUUUCCACCUCCCCCGGAUGCCAAAUGUCAAGAUAGUUGGUUACUCUAUGCUCAUCCUACAGACCCAAGGGGUCGAAAAGAUUUAGGAAUUUACCUCAACAAAAGCCCUUUAAAUCCAGCACACUGGACAAAACCCAGCAUACUCUUCAAGGGCCUGUGUGCUUAUUCAGAUCUGCAGUACAUGGGUGUUGGGCUCGAUGGCUCACCUUUGUUCUCCUGCCUCUUUGAAUAUGGGACCCAUAGACAAUGUGAAGAGAUAAUUUUUGUCAUCUUCACCUUGAAGCAAGCCUUUCCCUCAGAACACUGAGUCUCAAGCCCUUCCAUCAGUAUCAGUCUGAAAAACAUCUUUGCUGAUGCUUUUCACUGUCAUUUCUCGUCCUUCAGCAAAAGAGUUUUUGUACUCCUGCUGCACACACAGUUUGGUGUUGGCUUGUUGUGUCUGUAGAUUGUGAAGUCUAUUAAACAUACCACAACUUA